CGCGCGCUGGGGGCGGGAGAGGACGCGCACGCCUUGGGAGGGGAGCGCCGUUUGCCUGGCGAGGCCUGCGUCUGUGCUAGGAAUAGAAUAAUACUGUACUCCGAAUUCAGACUGAGCAGAAAACAGAGACCAACAAUGAGUCAAAAGGGCAGAUAUUAUAUCUCAGAGACUCAGCAGCAUGGUUACCAUAGCUUUGCACAAAAUUCCAUCAGUUUCUCUAAUCUGGAGAUGGAAGACAACUAUGUUGAUUCUUCAGAUCCUGAUAAACUAAUGCAAUGUCCAUAUGACAAGAAUCAUAAAAUCAGGGCAUGUAGGUUCCCCUACCACCUUGUCAAGUGUCGUAAGAACCAUCCUGAUAUAGUACAGCAACUGGUCACAUGCCCAUUUAAUGCCCGUCAUCAGGUCCCCAGAGGAGAGAUCAGUCAACACAUAUCAAGCUGUGAUGACAAAAGGUGCAUUGAGCAAGACAUUGCAAGCCACGGGGAAAGCCGCAGAAGAGAGGUUAGUGUGGUAAGCUCCUGGCAAUCUCCUCCAUGCGAAGAAGACUGGGAUAGAGACGUAGCAGGCCAGUCAAACACUGUCUUCAUUUGGGGCACAAGCCACCAUGGUGAGGCAAGCAGUUCUGGAUCAAGUCCAGCUGUAGGACAUAAGAACCACCUAGCUUCAGGACUACGAGCUCCCAGGUCCCUGCCACAUGUACUACCAUGGAAGAAUAAUGCUGCAAAUUGAGGACCAUGGCAGAAGCUAUCCCUUCCAAUCACUGGAAAUAGUUAAAAAAAAACCUUCAGAUGAGGAUUUAGG